AUGUCGUGGGGCAAGAGGGGCCCGGGUUUCCGCGCCCCUCCUCUUCCCCUUGUCCUGCCACCCCGGGCUUCUCCGCCCCACGCCCGGCCGGCCUCGCCAGCCCCCGCCGCCCCGUCGCCGCCGCCCCGCGCUGAGCCCCCCGGUCCCACAUCACCGUACCUGGCCUGCCGGGCGCGGGCCCCCCCAUGCCGGGCUCCGCCCGGAGCAGGAGGAGGGAGGAGGAGAGACAGAGAGACGGAGGGGAGCGAGCCGGGCCCUGCCGCAGCGACGGCCCCGCCUCCGGGCCCGCCCCCGGGCCCGCCCCGGCCCCCGGCCCACCCUUCCACACCCUCGGAGGACAGCGCGGGAGCGGGGCGCCGCGGGGGGCUGCGGGGCGCGCCCGAGGCCCGCGCGGGAGGCCGGAGGGAGCUGGCGGGGCGCCGGGGCCCGCGUGCGCUCUUCCCCCGCGCCGCGCCCGCGCCCCGCGCCCCCUCCCCGGCCCGGGCUGGGUCUCCGAGGCCCCGCGCCGAGCCCAGCGUAGCGGAGCGCGUCGGCGCCCCCCGGCGGCAGCCCGCGGCCGCGCGCCAGCCCCGCCGAACCGACCCGCACCCUGCGUCGGGCCGGGGCCCAGGCUGCGGCUGCGGGGCCCCCGCGUGCAGUGAGGCCGCGCGGCCGGCAGGGGGGGCUGCUCGGCGGGUCCGGCGCCCCGGAGCGCCCCGACAACCGCCCGGCCCGGGCCGCGCCCCCAGGUGCGGGGCGGCUCCGGGGCCCGGCCUCCCCGGUCCCCAGACCUUGUUCAGGUGCCCGGGCUCGAAGUCAACCGCGCGUCCGUCCCGGCGGCCCGAAUCAUCCGCGACUUUCGCUCCGCGCGCGGCCGGGCGUCGCCUGGCGGGACCCCCACGGCCGGCCCCUCUGACCUUGACUUCCACCCCUGCGCCCCUUGACCUUCCUCACCCGCGCUCCGAGAAAUCCCGAGCCUUAAAAUCCCGUCGGCAGGCGGCUCGGCCCCAGGGCACGUGGGAGACCUCGACUGUGGCCGCGGUGGCUGCGCGCGGGGUCCCCGGAGCCAGGCCCGCACGGCCCCCGGCCCCGGCGGCGGCCUCGCUGUGGGGUCCUGGCCGGCCGGGCGGGAGGCGGCCCUCGGAGAAGCCUGGAGAGCCCCUGACCCGCUGCCUCAGUGGCCCGGACUCGGGAGGCCCCGGAAAAGUACAGCCGGACAUCUUGGUCCCCGGACCCUCCCCUGGCUCGGAGCGGCGCCGAGGCCCGAGAGUUUGCAAACUCAGCUCUGGAUUUCGGCAGCGACAGCAGCAGGAAAAACCUGCCCCGGCCCCCACCUCCUCUGGCUGCCUCCCCUCCCCUGUUCAGUCCUGUCACCAGCCCGGAGACGCCCCCAGCUCUCAGAAGGCUUCACCUGCCAUGUCGGACCCAGACGCUGCCAGGGGUCCUGAUGUCCCCAUCAUGUGGCCCCCUUGUUCCAGGGGUGCCUGA